GUCUACUUGUCUGUGGAGUGGGCCACGGCUCCGCCAAUGUGACAGUUUCACCGACGAUGUCCACUGAUGACCUCUAUGCUGCAUAUGCCAAAUGUCUGGACACUUACGGCGUGAGCGCCGAGUACAUCAGAUUCCAAAAUAACAUGACCACGGCGCAGGACCUCAGAGACGCUUGCAAUAAUUCAGAAAAAUACCAACAAGCCUCCCAAUGUAUCCGUAAUGUCACUGCGUCAAUAUCUUCAGAUGACCUCUCUGCUACAUCUUUUGAACAAUCCGUUCGAGACAGCCAAGUCAGUUGUGGGGACCCGAAGAUCAGUUUUGAAUGCUUAGCUGAGUAUUCCCGCAACAUGUCGCAGGUACAAUCCUGUAUCAACUCACACUGGACCUUAACCGAUCUGAUCAGCAGAAGCAGCCAAGAGAUCUCCUGCUAUGGAAGAAAACUCAGCAUCCAGUGCGCAACUGAAUUUCUGCAGCGGUGCGAUGCUUAUACUGCUACCACUAUGGAGACUAGGAUGAAGUUGUCUACCCCUGUUGUGUGUUACUUUUAUCAGGAUCUUGUUGGUUAA